AAUAAAGGUUAUGGAGUGUAGUGUGAUGCGCAAUAUAUUUUAUAUUUCUCUUAUGCGCAUAGCACAAUACUUCACACAAAAUCUUCUUAAGUUCGUGUAAUGUAGAAUAAUUUAUUACUGCAUAGGCAUUUUAGGCAUUGAUAUUAUUGUUAUGUAUGCAUAAUAUUUUAUUAUAAAUAUUUUAUAAUUAAUUGUAUAUUUUUAAGGUUAAUUAAGUUAUUAUAUUAAUUGAAAAUUAAGAAUAUUCUAUUUUUAAAAUGCCUAUCGAUCAAAGACGAAUUAAUGGUCCAGAUGUGUCUAUACCUUAUUAUAUUUAUUCUAAUCUUAAUAAAAAAAGUGACAAAGUAAAACAUGUUUUUAAUAUAAGAAAUGAUAAACGAACUAAUAAUGAAAUGAGAAAAAUAUUUUUAAAAACAGGUAUUGUUAGCCAGGCAAAAGGAUCUGCCUAUAUCGAAUUAGGAAAUACAAAAGUAGUUUGUUCUGUCUUUGAUCCUAGAGAAUUAUCAAAUAGGAAUGGUUAUUGUACACAAGGAGAAAUUUAUUGCGAAUUUAAAUUUGCUCCAUUUUCUUGUCAGAAAAGAAAAAUUCAUCAACAAGAUGCAGAGGAAAAACAAUAUAGUUUAAUUUUACAAAGAGCAUUAGAACCAGCUGUAUGUUUGCAUGAAUUUCCUAAUUUUCAAGUAGAUGUAUAUGCAAUGGUCUUAGAUAAUGCUGGAUCUUCAUUAGCAGCUGCAAUUAUGGCUGCUAGUACUGCUUUAGCUAAUGCAGGUGUUCCUAUGUUUGGUUUGGUUACAGCUUCUACUAUAGGUAUAUAUGAUAAUCAUUAUUUAAUGGAUCCUACUGAUGCAGAAGAAGUAAUAUGUAAUACACAACCAGAUAAUCAAGAUGAUUUUAAUCAUGGAAUAAUUACACUAGCUAGUCUUGCACAGCAUAAUCAAGUAUCUGAAGUAUUUUUAAUUGGAAGCAUUGAUACAAACUCUAUUAUACAAGCAACAGAAAUUUUAACAACAGUUAACAAAAAUAUUUGUCCUGUACUUCAGCAAUGUUUAGUAAAAACUAUUAUGAAAUUACAUAAUUAAAUAAAAUAAUAAAAUAUUUCAUUAAAACAAGUUUUUGUCACAAUAAAAUGUAUAUUUUUAUAAUAAAAAUGUUUUAAUAUUUGUACAA